CGUCGGCAUUGAGCAAUGAAGAACCGCGAAUCGGGGAAUCGGGCAGUCGGGACUUCGGAAGUAAGACGCUUUGACUUUUUCCUGAGGAUGAGAACUUACACUUACUCCGUAGAAGAGGCGAGCAAAAGAUUCCAACCACCAACAUCUCCAUCUCAUCUCAACCUGCACUACUCCCGUACAGCAAAAUUACAUUAUGUCAUCAGAUAAAUCUACAGAUAACCCAUGGAACCAAGAGACAAGUCAGAAAUUUGAAAGGUAUUGAUAGGCCAUCUCAUUCAUGUCAACUGACUGUGGCGAGAAAAUAAAAGAAUUCAAGACACUGAUUUUUCCAAUCAAGCAAACGUCCCGGCGAAUACUUUGAUCCUUGUCAAGAAGCUGCCUCAAGAAGUUUGAAAUGUUUGGCUCGAAAUGGAGGGGAUAGAGAUAUGUGUACGGACUAUUUCCAGUAAGCUUUUCCCCAGGAUUUAGUGAGGAAGGAGGAGGUAGAAGUGCCGGUAACAAGUUCAGCUGUAUGUGGAUCCCUUGAUAUCCAUUGAUAUCCAAUGAACAAUUGGGACUACAAGUUUCCUUGGGGUUGUCACAAGCUUUUACAAACUUUGGAAACUUCUUAUAUACAGGAUUACGUACUGAUUAUUCGAAAGAGCAUAUCGAGACUGCAAGAAGCAAUGGGUAUACAUCGAAAUCUUUUCUCUCUCGGGUCAGCUAAUCAUUUACUGAUAUUAUUUCUAGAUCGAGCAACGAAAGGAGUCAAAGAAGAAAGCGGGGUGGUUUGCAUAAGGAAACAUUGCGCUUGUCUUGUAUGUGGUAUGUGAUAUGUGAUAUGUCGGUUUUUGAAAAGGUUGUAGGGGCGGAUGUACUAGGGAUG